AUAUUAAAGUGAAAUUGAUGUCCCUCACCUCGCAUAACUGUCACUUUUCAAAGUCAGCCACCUCCCUACCAGAUGUAAGCGUAGGGAAAGCUCUCUUUAGUACAUAUAGAGCUCACUGAUUUUUAUGCACUUACUCGCUUAAAAAAAUAAUAAUAAUAAACAAAGAUGUUAAACAAAUACUGAUAUUUAUUUUAUAGUCAUUUAUUUACGUGUCAACCAUAUAUUCGAAUUUCCACGUGAAAUAUAUCGACGAACGUUUCUAUACAUAUCCUAUUAAUCACAAAGAUCUCAUUACAUUUACACAUACUUUAUCCGAAAACGAAAUGGAGGAGAAGGUAACCAAGAUUGCCUCACAAUGGCCAAAUACAUAUACAUUUACGAAAGCGAUUGCAGAAGCGCUUCUAAGAGAGGAAGGCAGAGGUUUACCAAUAGGAAUAUUUCGACCUGCCAUAAUUAUAUCUAGCGCUAAUGAACCGCUCGUCGGAUGGGUCGAUAAUAUUUAUGGGCCAAUGGGAUUUUUAACACCUGUGGCACUCGGUUUACAGAGAUUUCUAUUAGGAAAUGGUAAUUUGAAGACGAAUAUGGUGCCCGUCGAUUUCACUGCAAAUGCUUUAAUUGCCAGUGCGUGGGAUGUCUUUAACCAAUGGAAGAAAGAAGAGACUAUGUUAAUUUAUAACUUUGUGUCAAUCGACGCUCCGACUUGGAACGAAUAUAUUAAUAAAAUGAUUUCUUUAAAUAAAUUGUAUCCUGUAAAAGAAAUAAUAUGGAUGCCGCUUCUGAAAAUUAUACGACAAAAAGUAUUGUAUAAAAUUUGUAUUUGGAUUGGUCAUUUGCUCCCAGCGUUUCUAAUGGACGCCGUAAAUAUCUGCAUGAACCGUCGUCCGAGAAUGUGGAAAUUAUAUAGGAAGAUCCACAAAUAUUCCGAUGCAAUAGCACCCUUUCUUCUGAAGCAUUUGGAUUAUUCCCAUCAUAAUAUUCUAACAAUGUGGAACCGCCUGAGUGAGAAAGAUCACCAAUUGUUUAAAUUUCAGAUGAAAGAAAUCGACUGGACAAAGUAUCUCGUUAAUCAUUACAAGGGCAUGCGACUCUAUAUACUCAAAGAGGAUGACGGUACUUUAAAAAUCAAUCGUAUUAGAUAUAAAAGAUUUUACUUGAUUCAUCAUGCGUUCAAAACUGUAUUCAUCUCUGCUAUUCUUUGGAUCAUUUGGAGUAUAUUAGCAAAAAUAUUUGUAUAGUUUUUAUAUAUUCCGUAAUAUCUUUGCCAUUUUCUGUAAUAAAUUUGUUCCAGAAAAACAAUGAAUUUGAUUAUUUUAUUGCCAAUCAGAUAGUGUUUUGCCGAUUCAUGCUAUU